AUGCUCAGCGCUUUUCAGUCAGCAGCGACAUGUGCGGAAGAAUUCGUGGAAUUUGUACCUUUGCCAGCAGUUGACUAUAAAAUCCAGUUUUCUGUCGCGGUCGCUGGAAUUGGUCUUCUGCGUGGUGAAUUUGCCCAGGGUGGCUCCAUUCGAUUUCAUCUUCCGGAAGUCCAUAUAGUUAUUUCCCGUCCAGCAAAACAGGCAAGUGAACUACAUCAGAAUAUACGGUCCAGUGGAAUGGAGAAUUGGUGUUGUCUUGAAAGGACCGUGGAUCAGUGGCUUAAUAACUUAAUCUUGAACUGA